AUGGAUCGCUCCCAGGCGCUGCUGGCGCUCGCGCUGGCGCCCGCGCUGCUGAGCGUGGUGCUGGCCCAGUACCCGGCCGCGGGGCCGCCCUCCAACUCCUACCUGCCCCCGGCCCCUGGCGGCGGCCCCAAGGCCCCGACCGCGUCCUACGGCCCGCCCACCGGCGGCCCCGGUCCCCGGCCCAGCGGGGGCGGCGGCAACAAGCCCGGCGGCGGCGGCGGCGAGAGCGCCGAGCCGGAGCCGUACAGCUUCGAGUACGAGGUGAAGGACGACGCGACGGGCACGGACUUCAGCCGCAAGGAGAGCAGUGACGGCAACACGGUGACCGGCGAGUACCGAGUGCUGCUGCCCGACGGCAGGACGCAGAUGGUCACCUACAAGGCGGACGACGCCAGCGGCUUCGUCGCCGACGUCAAGUACGAGGGCGAGGCCAUCCCCGGCCCGCCCGGACCCGGCGCUCCCGGUGGCGGCGGCGGCGGUGGACGUCCCGGGGGCGGCUACGGCCCCCCAGCCCCCGGCCCCGCCCCCGGUGGACCCGGCGGCAGGCCCGGCGGCGGAGGCGGCGGUGGCGGCUACCAGUACUAAGCGGCGCCCCGCCAGGCGCACCACACCAAACCACACCGCGCGAUUCCAGGCCGCUUGUAUUUAUUCCAAAUCUAUUUAAAUCCGGCGGCGGCGUCCACCGCGCUGGCCGCCACCGUCACCCUCACUGGCGAAAUAAACUGGCCACUCCAAA